AUGUCUGCUGCGUUCUGUGCCGCCCCGGGAGGCUUGGAGGAAAACGAGGGGCCAGAUGUCAAAUUCAGGCGGAGAGGUGUCCUGAUACUCUCGUCCGAUAUACAAAGCGUUCCGUCCCGUGCCUUCCCUCCCCCACUUCAGGUUGGGUUCAUCUGGGUGCUAGGUUGCUUGGUUGGGUUCAUCUGGGUGCUAGGUUGCUUGGUUGGGUUCAUCUGGGUGCUAGGUGGCUUGGUUGGGUUCAUCUGGGUGCUAGGUUGCUUGGUUGGGUUCAUCUGGGGGCUAGGUUGCUUGGUUGGGUUCAUCUGGGGGCUAGGUGGCUUGGUUGGGUUCAUCUGGGUGCUAGGUUGCUUGGUUGGGUUCAUCUGGGUGCUAGUUUGCUUGGUUGGGUUCAUCUGGGGGCUAGGUUGCUGGGUUGGGUUCAUCUGGGUGCUAGGUUGCUGGGUUGGGUUCAUCUGGGUGCUAGGUGGCUUGGUUGGGUUCAUCUGGGUGCUAGGUUGCUGGGUUGGGUUCAUCUGGGGGCUAGGUUGCUUGGUUGGGUUCAUCUGGGGGCUAGGUUGCCUGGUUGGGUUCAUCUGGGUGCUAGGUGGCUUGGUUGGGUUCAUCUGGGUGCUAGGUUGCUGGGUUGGGUUCAUCUGGGCGCUAGGUUGCUGGGUUGGGUUCAUCUGGGUGCUAGGUUGCUUGGUUGGGUUCAUCUGGGGGCUAGGUUGCUUGGUUGGGUUGAUCUGGGGGCUAGGUUGCUGGGUUGGGUUCAUCUGGGUGCUAGGUUGCUUGGUUGGGUUCAUCUGGGGGCUAGGUUGCUUGGUUGGGUUCAUCUGGGUGCUAGGUUGCUUGGUUGGGUUCAUCUGGGGGCUAGGUUGCUUGGUUGGGUUCAUCUGGGUGCUAGGUUGCUUGGUUGGGUUCAUUAAGGUUUUUGCCCUGCCGCCCCACUAUCGCUGCAGAAGACUGGCGUGUUAUCUGAUGUGUUGAUAAGACGUGAAGAGUAUGUUCAUGAUGUCACGUUCGAUGAAAACUUAUCCCAUCUCAGUAACUCGUAUAGUUCUUUGUCUAGUUUCGUGCGUAGGUGUAUAGGACAGUUUUUUUUCUCGUUUAAUACAUGGUUUCGUCUGCUUAGUUUUGCAUCUUAAAGUCCCAUUCGUUGAACUAGUAUCACAUUUUCUUUGUUCUUCCUUGUUUAGCUUCGUGUGGGUCCUUGUAUAAUUUAGGGUUUGGUCUAAUUGGAUUCUCAUUUCAAAGUGGCAUUCGUUGACACAAUAUCACAUUUUGCUUAUUCUUCCUUGUUUAGCUUCGUAUACUGCAUAGGCCAUUGUUUUGUUUGUUUUGUUUUUGUUUUGUCUCGUUUAUAUUCUCAUUUCAAAGUCGUAUUCGUUGACACAAUAUCACAUUUUACUUUGUCUUUCUUAUUUAGCUUCGGGAGGGUUCAUAAGCCAUUGUUUUCUUAGAUUGUUUUGUUUUUGUUUUGUCUGGUUUGGAUUCGCAUUUCAAAGUCACAUUCGUUGACACAAUAUCACAUCUUGCUUAUUCUUCCUUGUUUAGCUUCGUAUUACUGCACAGGCCAUUGUUUUGUUUGUUUUGUUUUUGUUUUGUCUCGUUUAUAUUCUCAUUUCAAAGUCGCAUUCGUUGACACAAUAUCACAUCUUGCUCAUUCUUCCUUGUUUAUGUUCGUGUUACUGCAUAGGCCAUUGUUUUGUUUGUUUGUUUUGUUUUGUUUGUUUGUUUUGUUUUUGUUUUGUCUGGUUUGAAUUCGCAUUUCAGAGUCGCAUUCGUUGACACAAUAUCACAUUUUGCUCAUUCUUCCUUGUUUAUGUUCGUGUUACUGCAUAGGCCAUUGUUUUGUUUGUUUGUUUUGUUUUUGUUUUGUCUCGUUUAUAUUCUCAUUUCAAAGUCGCAUUCGUUGACACAAUAUCACAUCUUGCUUAUUCUUCCUUGUUUAGCUUCGUAUACUGCAUAGGCCAUUGUUUUGUUUGUUUUGUUUUUGUUUUGUCUGGUUAGGUUCGCAUUUCAAAGUCGCAUUCGUUGACACAAUAUCACAUCUUGCUUAUUCUUCCUUGUUUAUGUUCGUGUUACUGCAUAGGCCAUUGUUUUGUUUGUUUGUUUUGUUUGUUUGUUUUGUUUUGUCUGGUUUGAAUUCGCAUUUCAGAGUCGCAUUCGUUGACACAAUAUCACAUCUUGCUUAUUCUUCCUUGUUCAACUUCGUAUUACUACUGCAUAGGCCAUUCUUUUAUUUGUUUAGUUUUGUUUUUGUUUUGUCGGGUUUGAAUUCGCAUUUCAAAGUUGCAUUCGUUGACACAAUAUCACAUCUUGUAUAUUCUUCCUUGUCUAGCCUCAUAUUACUGCAUAGGCCAGAUAUUUUUGCUUGGUUAGGUUUGGUUUACAUCUUGAAGUCGCAUUCGUUUAAAAAUCACAUGAGCCUAGGGAGCCGAUUGGUUGGAUGAAGGGAGGGCGGAGUUAAGAGGGAGUGGGCGGGGCGUGGGCGGGGCUUCUGGGUUAGUUUAGUGUGUACGAUGAUUUUUUUUAUAGCGCACAUUUUUCAUUACGGAUAUUUUCACUGUGUUAUUGCAGUUUCUCUAAUAUCACAUCACAUCUUGCAUCUUCAACCUUGCUAAGCUCUUUUCGGUGCAUAGAUCAGUUUGUGUAGAGUUUGUGAUUUCGUUUCAUUGUCUUUGCAUCUUCGUCUCAUUCAUUCAAAACUAAUGGGAAAAAAUAUACAAAAGAUGAUAUCCAUUCUAAUAGAUACGGAGAUGAGCACAGGGGUCACGCGCAGUUAUAGUUUUAUCCUUCCAGCAUAAAAAAAAAUAGCCUCGUCUAUCUAUCUUUGUGUUUUCUUCUGCUUCUCCUUCGCCUUCAUUUCCUUCACUUCAAGCUAUCAUUUUUAGGCUUUCUCCUUCUUCUCCUUCUUUUCUUCACUUCAAGCUAUGCAUUUUUAGGCUUCUUCUUAUUAUUAUUUUCUUCACUUCAAGCUAUCUGUAUCUAGGCUUUCUUCUUUUUCUUCGCCUUCCUUUCCUUCACUUCAUGCUGUCUGUUUCUAGGCUUUGUUUUCCUCCUUCGUCUUCACUUUCUUCAUCUCAAACUAUCUGUUAUUUGGCUAUUUUUUCCUCCUUCGUCAUUUCCUUCACUUCAAGCUAUCCACUUUUAGGCUUUCUUUUUCUUCUCCUUCAUCUUAUAUUCUUCACUUCAAGCUAUCUAUAUUGAGGCUUUCUUCUCCUUCAUCUUCCCUUCCCUCACAUCUCUUUCACUUUCAUUUUCUUUAUCUAAAUCUCUCAGGUGUUUGAAGAUUACUGGAUAGGUGAUUUAUAAGGUCCGUAUCCUUCCUCUGAACCUGAUUCCUCGCUUACUUAUAAUAACAGACAAUUCAAGGGUGAAAAAACGAUAUAGAAAAGCCUACUAUGUCGCUGCUCCCUCAAAACAUACAACGGAUAACAGCUAAACAGAAAUAUACAAUGAUCAAAUCCACUCUUAUGAUCGCCCUUCCUUGUAACUAUUAAGAAAUUCACCGUACACAAUAACCUGACGCAUAAGCCCCGCCCUCUUUCGUAGCCUAGGAAGCCGAUUGGUUGGAUGAAGGGAGGGGGCGGGGCGAGGGCGGGGCUUCUGGGUUGGUUUAGUGCGUACGAUGAUCGCCCUUCCUUGUAACUAUUCAAAGUCACCGUACACUAUAACCUGACGCAUAAGACCCGCCCUCUUUCGUAGCCUAGGGAGCUGAUUGGUUGGAUGAAGGGAGGGCGGAGUUACGAGGGAGGGGGCGGGGCGAGGGCGGGGCUUCUGGGUUAGUUUAGUGUGUACGAUGAUUUUUUUUUUAUAGCGCACAUUCUUCAUUCACAGAGAGACUUGGUUGAAUAAGUGAUGGUUGGUGAUGGUUUUAAAUGAGUGUUAUAAUAAAUAUCUCCUCGUAAGCUUUAAACUACCAAUAAGAGGCAGAAAAAGGGGUAUUAUAAUCUUUUGGUGGCGUCAAAUUAAGGUAAAAAAGUAAAAUAAUAAGAAUAAUGAUAAAAAAUACUAGAGAUAUAAAGAAAUAAAGUGAGUUAAGUUUUUUUUUCCUGUCUCUAUCGUCUUGUUUGCAUUUUUUUUAAUGCUUCGUAAAGUCAAUGUAUUGCUCUCUCUCUCUCUCUCUCUCUCUCUCUCUCUCUCUCUCUCUCUCUCUCUCUCUCUCUCUCUCCCUCUCUCUAACA